UGCAUCAGGGCAUUUAGGUUGCACACAAACCACGCUAGCACGCAGCCUCAGUGUGCGGCAAUUAUCGAAGAGAAGUCGACCUCUUGCACUUAAGCGCCCUUUCGUAAGGUUUUUUAACAAUUCAUUUGAUUGUUGCCUAUGAACCAUUGUGCGAUGGUAUUAAAAAAUUUAAAGCAAAUAGUUACAUUCUACUGUUGUACUUACCACUUUGCCCCUCAUCUUUGCCAACAAACUCACUUCAAUAGCAUCAUUUGAAAUUCAAUGACACUUUAAAAAUAUUACAAGAAAACUCUAUACGGCGCCAAGCAUCGAAGCAUAACGCAAUAAAAAAACAUUACAGUGCUAGUUUCACUUUCGGCGAAAGAGUAUCAGCAUUUCCCGAACGCAUUUCGCCUACAUUUUGCUUUGGUACACGCAUCUCACCAAAGUAGUUAACCUGCUACUCAGGCGUUGUCUUAAGCAGUAAAAGUAGUGCUAUGCUGCUAUGAUGACGCGGCUACCUAGAUUGAUGGAAGUGAGCGCUGCCGGUUUUAAUGCGAAUACGUGGUAGACACCAAUUAAAAAGUAAACAACAAGUUUAAUGAAUUCAAAUAAUUAAUGAAAUUGUGCUAUGGAAAACUAAAUAUACAGUUAUCGCUUAUUAUACAAUACAAAUAAAUAACUUAUCGCAUAGUGAAUAAUUAAACCGAAGAAUUACAGCACAAGAGAUGUGUCAAAUUUGCUAAAACAAUUAGCAAUAAUUGUUAAAAGAGUAAAAGAAAAUAACAUACAAUUGUGAAUUUAUUAAAAGAAUUAUUUUGGAAUGUAAUAAGUGUUAUAUACAUAGCUUAUCAUCUUAUUUCAAUUUAAUCCAAAACACAAAAGAAGUGUGUGCAAUUUUUCUAAAUGUUAAUAAUAAAUAUUAUUCAUUAUUUGUUGCAGAAAUUUCGUUGGUGUUUUCAAAUAUUAAAUAAGAUUGAAUUUUUAUUUGUCAAAAAAAAAAUUGUAAAACAAAUAAAGUGUUAACUUGCCCAAACUAAAAAUUAGUUAAGUGGUAGUCUGCAGCUAAUCAUAAAAUAUUUAAUAUUUGGCAGCGUUUCAAUUUUAUGAAAUUAUUUAAUAAACUUCUGGGGUGAAAAUGGUUAAAUUGUUUUAAAUUAUAACUGGUACAAAAAUGGAUUCACAACUAUAAACCACACUAUGUUUGCAAUUAAUAAUAAAAAGCAAUGACUUCAAAUUAAGAUAUAAGGAAAAUGUAUCGAAAUAGGUCAUUAAACGACAGGACAGAGAGACGAAUUUGUCAAGCAAUAUGUAAUAUGUAAUACAACACCAUAGUCUAGAUCAAGGUUUUAACUAUGUUGAUUUGGGAGUUAAUAUGGACCCUAAGGUUAAUUUAGUCUUCAUAUUGAUACCAUGGUCUUGAAAGCUAAAGCUGUCCUGAGUUUUGUUAAACGUUGGUCUAAAUAAUUUAGAGGUCCGCUGAGAUGGCUCUGUUGUAUGGAACCCUAACUACCAAAUCCAUUGUGACAAGUUUUACUUUUCGCUUUAGGGCAUUUCCAAUGGGAUUCUUGGUUGCAUAUUCAAUAAAAACUGGCCUAGGAAAUAAUAUGUCGCCUCCAGAGCAACUGAGCUACAUAACGGAAGAUAUUUGUUAUAUAGUCAUAAUAUGACUUAUUUUUCAAGUGCAACGUCGUUCUAUACACCAUAUAAACAUUAACGUUGAGUUGAAAAAAACUGCUACUAAUCUAUGUAUCAGCAACAUCUUCAGUCAGUUCAGUAUACUGCAUUAGUUCCAUUUCUGAAACCAUUCAUAUAUUUUACGUCAUUGCCCUUCAUAGAAUUGCAAGUAUCCCCGUCCUUUUAUAGCCGUAUUGAACACAACAACAGUUUGAAAUUACAAGUAUUCAACAAACCAAUAACUGAAGUUAUGCAGCCUAUGUGGUCUACUGCUGCUGUUGCUGCUGCGCAUAUUCAAGCUGCGUUGGUAGCCGCUGCUGCAGUCGCCAGCAGUAGCAAUGGCAAUAAUAGGAUUAGUCCUAUUAACUACAAAUCCACCAAUUCCAAAGCUAUCGUCAAUAGGAAUAAUGGUAGACAUAGCAGCGCAAAUAGGAGCGUCAGCAAAGGAGAAACACAGUCACCAAAACAAUGCGAUAGUAUUGCAGGUGAUAACUUUACAUUGUCUUCUUCUUUGCCAAUAUUAUUAUAUUCUACCGAUGAUGGUGUCACUGCGCCAGAAUCUCCCAUGACUCAUUUAAAUACGGUUUAUAAUAAUAAAUUUCGUGUAUCACAAGUAGAUAUCGAUGACACUGUUAGUUCAAAUGAAAAAGGACAAUCAGAAUUAAAUGAAAUAACUACAUUUAAUGCCGUUGAAAUGGAUGAAGAACUCUAUGACCAAGAUAUUUCGGUAACAGAUACACCUCUCAAUUUGUCUAAACAUCAAAUUUCACCAUGCCCAUCACCACCAUCUUUUACAUCCACCUCUCCUGGAUUACAUAAACAGCGUGAAGUAUUGGCUUUAUUAACAUCAUCUUCUCCGAUAUCUUGGUCAGCACCAGCAGAAACCUCACAUACGGAAAUGAAAUCUGAUGAUAACUCAAGCGGAAUGCUUUUAAAGAACUCAAUGAGAGUAACACGUUCAGCAGCAGUAGGUUUACCUGGGAUUUACUUACCAUAUAGACCUAAAAAUCAGAUCCAAAAGCAUAUCACAGUUACAAGAACAUCAGGUACUACAGCACAUCGAUGUUCAUCCCCUUGUAAUGAUCAAAGGGGAACACAUUUAACUAAUAGUGGGCUUAGCGAAGCUGGUGCAAAUUUAUUGGCAUGUCGUAUGUGGAGCACAGCCGUUAAUGCACCGGAUACCAUCUCAAAUCCAGAUCCCUUGAAUCAUCAACAACAACAUUUGUUUCAACCAACCAAUUUAGGAUCAGUUGUUCAAAUAGCCUACCGGAGCAGCUCUGAAGGAAGCAAUCCAGAAGAAGACAUAGCUACAGAAAAUAUCCGCUUUGCAAACACAAUAAAAACCAACUGUGACUCUAUAUUGAAAUGCGUGGAAAAAUUGGACGAAACGAAACCAGUCGCUGAUCAAUUUGGACCUUUAGCAAUACCCCAACAGCAAGAACAAAACAAAAAUAACCCCCACCAACACUCUCAUAUUCAAAUUGAGCAUACAUUUUCACCACACGCACACUCUUUACGUCGAAAACACCAAGAAAAACAUCUGCUUAAACAAGAUAUUCUCAGGGUUUCUGAAUCGAUAGAAAUUAUGUACGAAAAUGACCAUAAAAACAAAAAUCAUUCCAUGGCGGCAAAUAACUCUAAGGGGCAUGUCGUACAUGUCACGCCUCACAUAAAAAGACCCAUGAACGCUUUUAUGGUUUGGGCUAAAGAUGAAAGGCGAAAAAUAUUAAAAGCCUGUCCGGAUAUGCAUAAUUCAAAUAUUUCAAAAAUUCUUGGAGCACGGUGGAAGGCCAUGACCAAUGCUGAUAAACAACCAUACUAUGAAGAACAGUCCCGACUAUCAAAAUUACAUAUGGAACAACAUCCUGAUUACCGUUACCGGCCGCGCCCAAAACGCACAUGUAUCGUAGAUGGUAAAAAGAUGCGUAUAUCGGAAUACAAGGUCUUAAUGCGGAAUAGACGAGCUGAAAUGCGCCAGUUAUGGUGCCGUGGUAAUGCCGUUACAGGUGGGGUAGCAAACACUAACACAUCCAGCUGUGCCGCAGGACAAUUAAUUAACGAUACGGAUAUUAUCGUUGGCUGCAAUGUAAAAAAUUCCACUGCAGUAGCUUAUCAUGUUCAAGAUAUGGAUCAUCAAAUUAACGACACAAUGGUAGGAACAUUCGGAGUGACCCAUAUAGACAAUUCAAAUGUGGUUAUGGAAGGAGCGGUCACUUCGAAUGGUGUGACAUCACUUAGCGGCAACUUUUAUUACCCGCCUGAUAGUAUGUCACCGCACUCUGGUUUUUCGUCAGAAGGCAACACUCCCAGCUUCAGUUCUCGAGAUGAUGAUUGAAAUUAUUUGUACAAAAUAUUAUAUACAUCUAAUAUUAUCAAAUAAUACCAUUAUUUAGUUAUGUAAAGCUAAUACUUAGUAAUAAUAAUUAUGUACUUAAGCAAUUUUAUUGAACCAUGUGCCAUUCUCACUACGUAUACAAAGAUCAUAAAUAAAAUGCCAAUAUAUUUACAUGCUUAUAAUAUACUCUGUUAUGAGCAUGUGUAUAUUGAGUUUUAACAUAUAUUUUUAACCUUCUAGAAUCUUGUCCAAAGUUAUGAUAUACCUAAGCUAACAUCUAUUAUUUAGUUAAUUACAUUUUUGUACACAUUUAAAUAUAAAUAUUGUAAUGCUUUGCUACGUUCUUAUUUUAUGUACAAAUUAUACAAGAAGAAACUUAAAAGCCAGGAAGAAAGUAAGUAAUUAAAAUUUUCAACUCGCAACGAUAUCUACUGUGCCAUAAGUUAAAGUUAAAUAGCCCACAAAAUGCUUAAAAAAUAAAAUAAUUCGACAAACUCGUGUGUACACAUUGGGUAGGCUAUAAUUACAAUAUGUUCUUCAAACAAUGAUCGAUAAUAAAGAUUAUUACGUCUUGAAUACAAAUA